AUGGAUUUUACUUCUCUCCUUGUCGCCGCUCAACUCGCCGUCGUCGUGGCCUGCUUGCCACAGCCCGGCGAAGCAUCGCGCUUCGCUGGCUCAACUGUCUCUGCGGUCUUCCCACCCCCUGGCGCGACGGGGACGUCUCUGGACGCGUUCUUCCCUGAUGCGUCGCAAGUGGGCCAUGCUGGCCCGACUCCCACGGGAGACGAACCUUGGCUCGUUGAGACUGCCCCAGCUGGGCCGCUCAAACAAGAUAUCAACCCACUCGUCAUAUCCCCACCGUCCAGCACCGAAACUUAUCCCGGCAAUGGCGACUCUACCGCCUUCAACCGGGCCCGCUCCUGGGGCAACCUCAGCCCGUGGUGGUCGCUCGAAGGCAACGACAGCUUCGGCCUUCCUGACGCGUCAGAGAUCGUCCCCGCCGGGUGCGAGCUCACGCAGGUGCACCUGCUCCACCGCCACGGUGCGCGGUACCCGACCGGGGGGUCCGCUCCGUCUCAGUUUGCGGGGCUCGUCAACGCGGCCGCGACGUCGACCGGGUUCAACGCGACUGGUCCGCUCGAGUUCCUGAACACGUGGACGUACAAGCUUGGGGAGGAGAUACUUACGCCGUUUGGUCGGCAGCAGCUGUUCAAUCUGGGGGUCGGGUUCCGGACGAAGUACGGGCACCUCUUGAAGGACUUCACCGAACUUCCGGUGUUUCGUACGACCUCCGAUGCCCGUAUGGUGGACUCUGCACUUAACUUUGCGGCAGGCUUCUUCGGCGUACAGCAGUACGAGUCUUCGUACCACCAGCUCAUUGUGAUCGAGGACGAUGGGUUCUACAACUCACUAGACCCUUGGGACGCCUGCCCAAAUGCCAAUAACGACGACUCCAAUCUCGGCAUCCUGGCUUUCUCAAACUGGACGGCGGUGUAUCUGAACGAAACGGUGCCUCGGCUGCAGCAAUACAUCGAAGGGAUCGAUCUCGACCUCGAGGCCGUUCUUGGCAUGCAGCAGCUCUGUCCGUACGAGACGAUCGCGCUUGGGUACUCUGCCUUCUGUGAAUUGUUCACCGAUGACGAGUGGAGGGGAUAUGAAUACGCCAUAGACCUUGAGGUAUGGUACAGUUUCGGACCCGGCAAUCCUACGUCAGCGGCUCAAGGAUUGGGAUGGAUCCAAGAACUCGUCGCCCGUUUGACUCACACCCCUCUGAACAAUUUCGACAUGACCACGAACAACCAGACCUUAGACAGUAGCAAUAUCACAUUCCCAGUCAAUCAACCGAUCUAUGUGGAUGCUACCCAUGACGUUGUCGUGUCCGUUAUCCUUACAGCCUUGAACUUCACUUCAAUGGCCGCUGCCGGGCCUCCGCCCGUGGAUCACAUUCAAGAGAAUCAGACAUACUUCUCAUCCCACGUGGUUCCCUUCGCCACCAAUCUCGUCGGACAAGUCAUGUCUUGUCCCUCCCGGACUAGCUCCCCAAGCAACGGCUCGGACUCAUUCAUCCGCUUCCUGCUGAACGACGCAGUGGUACCGCUCACGGGCGUCGCUCAUUGCGCUCCCGACAAGGACGGCCUUUGCGCACUCGACGAUUUCGUGAAGGGCAUGGAAGAGCGCAUUGCGGAAAUCGACUUCGAGUACGACUGUUUCGCAAACUACACGGCGCCAUGGCCGGAUCCGAUCAUUGAUGGAAGGAUGAAGCACUAA